AGGGUGAAACUCCAAAGAUCAUUCACUUCCCAGGCCUAGUACAGGGGCCAGUGAGCACAGGAGGUCCCCACAGCAAGACACUACGCUAAAGGCCAUGGCCACCAGUAUGGUCCCCGGAGUCCCUCAGAAGGUGGGGGUAGUGGGCUAUGGCCGCCUGGGACAAUCCCUUGUGUCCCGCCUUCUGGCUCAGGGAUCAGAACUGGGCCUAGAACUUGUCUUUGUGUGGAACCGUGACCCUGGACGAAUGGCAGGGAGCGUGCCCCCUGCCUUGCAGCUCCAAGACCUCACUACCCUUGAGGAAAGGCACCCUGACAUUGUGGUAGAAGUGGCCCAUCCAAAACUAAUCCAGGAAUACGGGGUACAAAUUCUGCGCCAUGCUAACCUCCUGGUGGGAUCCCCUUCAGCUCUGGCUGACCAGACCACAGAGCAGCAGCUCCUGGAGGCUUCAAACCACUGGGGCCACACUGUGUUUGUGGCCCGAGGGGCCCUGUGGGGGACUGAAGACAUCAGCAGAUUGGAUGCAGCCGGAGGCCUCCAGAGCCUUCGAGUCACUAUGGCCACACAUCCUGAUGGCUUCCGGCUGGAGGGACGUCUGGCUGCAGCGCAGAGCAGUGGGGCCCGCACAGUGCUCUAUGAGGGCCCUGUGCGUGGGCUCUGCCCUUUGGCCCCCCGAAAUUCUAAUACUAUGGCAGCCGCUGCCCUGGCUGCCCCCAGUCUGGGCUUCGACCGUGUCGUUGCGGUGCUUGUGGCUGACCUUAGCCUCAAUGACAUGCAUGUCGUGGACGUGGAGCUGACCGGCCCCCCGGGACCGACAGGCAGCAGCUUCGCCGUGCACACCCACAGAGAGAACCCAGCCCAGCCUGGCGCUGUCACCGGUUCUGCCACUGUUACAGCCUUCUGGCACAGCCUCCUGGGCUGCUGCCAGCUCCCCUCCAGACCUGGGAUCCGCCUCUGCUGACAAUCUCCUCCCCCACUCCUCUUGCUGUCACCUCAACCACUAUGUGGCUCAGUAAACACCAAAAUUUUGUCCGCUGUUC